GCUAUCUGUCCGCGCGGUCGACCAUAUCAAUAUCAACUAGCCUGCCAUGGGAGGGCGACGAACAAAGUACAAGCAAGGGCCUCCAGCUCCACUUCGCAAUCCGGAUGAAACUCGCCCUUCGACAAAAAAGCUUGGAAAACGGAAGGCAGAUGUAGAUCAUGAGCCUGAGCCAACUACCAACAGCCGUCCUAUAAAAAAAGCUAAGGCAGAUAAACCACCAGCCUCAAGGAAGCGGACAAAGGGUUCAGAGAAGAUAUCAAAGGUUAAGCCUACACCUACCAAAGAAAAAAGCAACCCGCUCUCGGAGGAUGGCGAAAGUGAUGGGUGGGAAGUCGCUAGCGAUUUGGAAGAUGUUGAUGGGUUCGCGGCGGACGGUCUGGAUGACCUGGAUAUGGAUGAGGAGUGAGUUUCACUUCUCACUUAUAUUCUUGGCUAAAGUUUUUUGUCUUGCAGCGAUGACCUUUUACGAGGGGACCCGGAAGAACUGGAUCUUGGCUCAGACGACGAGGAAGUCGAACUGCUCCCACAAAAAGGCCG